AUGACGAAGGAAUUAUUACUCUCCCUAGUACACAAUGCCAGUACCCAGCUGACUAACGAAAUGGUGGCACUGAAUGACGACAUUCUAUUUUUACAAAAUGAGUUAAGUGUGAGUAAAAACAAGUACUGUUCCGAUUUGAAUUUAAAACAAUUAAGUGCCUUUUUGACAAAAUACGUAAUGCUCUUGUUAGAUAAAAGGGAAGGCAAUGCACCUUCCGGUUGUUAUUACUCUCAUGUGAUGAGUAGAAAUGACGGAAUUGCAAGUUUGAUGGAAGGUAUGGACAAAGCGGACACAAGCAAAGAAUAUAGUACAGCUGAACGUUUGAAAGAUUUGUGCCAGAAGAGAAGUGCAUUGGAGGACAUGCUGCGUUUGCUCCAAAUGAGUGAGGUAGAAAAGUUGAGUGACGAUAAAUCGCAAGAAGUAUUUUCCGACUUGAUGCUUCAGCUGAAGAGGGUGAGCGAUUUGGAGGAAGCAAGCGGGGCAUCAGAUGUGCACGCCGAUGGCACACUGAGCGGAGAAAGCCCUGCUAAAAACUCCUCACUAAAUAGACACAUCUCCGAAAAGGGAAGCCCCUUAAAUUGGAAGUCGAACACGGAGGAGAGACUCCUUCCAAAGAGUUGCUCUCUCACAAGUCCGUUUUUAAAAAAACAGCAAAAAGUCAGGAACAGAAAUAAUCCGGGCGAUUCCUCCCUGGAAAAGUUUAAUUUGAUGAGAAAAUGUUUUAGUAACACGAAUGUGGCUGCCACGUCGUUUCUGUUUGAACGUGAUAGGAAGAAGAACGAAGGAGCAGCGGACAUACCCACCCGAAUCAGCAGAAAUGAAAAAAGUAAAAUUCCCAUUUUUAGGAAAUCCUCACUUGAGGAGUCAGUUCACUUGCAGAAUAAACAUACAAACGUGGCAAUCCUGAAAGGGCACAUCGAAAAAUGUAGCCCCAAAUUUUCAGUUAAUUCGAUCCCCCGGUCGAUAAAUAAAACAGGCAAAAAUGUGUGUACAAGAAAGGGGAACAAUCAAUCGAAUGGUGAGGCAUGGGAAGAACGUGAUCAAUUGGGUUCGUUUGAUUCACUCUCUUCAUCUUCUUCCGACGCAUCUGAAUCGAGAGGGCCUAGAAGGGAGAGAACUGGGUCGGGCAGCCAAGGGGGGAGAAAAAAGUACCUCAUCAGAAUAAACAAAAAGGGGCAUGGCAGUUUUGAAGUUAAAAAGGAGGGAGCAAACUCGUCCGGUCGUGUCUACGACUUUGAGGUCGUUUAUGAGGGCGUCGAUGGAGUGGUCGAUAGCAUGGAUGCCGCUGCACCGAAACAGAGGACACGCAAACAGUUGGUGCACCUUUCAUUUUUGAGGAAGGGAGAAAAAAUAUGCGGCGUGGAA